UUCAACCUUUCUCUGUAAUUUUAUCGGUUAACCCCGCCCCUUCCUAUGCGCAUGAACAUGAGUUGCAAAAGCACCGAUGCCUUUUCAACCUUUUUAGAGAUGAUCGGGUCGGAUUUGGGAAUAGUCUUCGGCAUCGGGUUUAUUUGGCUCUUGAGCGACACAGGAGGUCUGGGACAGACUGCGGGGAAACCAGGCACUCGUCGCUUGGUGAAUGGGACACUGGGACAGUCAGUCACGUUACCAGGAUGUAUCUCAGGAGAAAACAUUUCAAUCCUCACUUGGGAUUACCGCAGUUCACCAACAACAGGAAAGGUUCAAUUAUGUACAAAAACUCAAAACAGUCCAAUACAAUAUAACAAACAGGGAAUCAGGUUAAACCUGAAGGACUGUAGUCUGGAAAUACAGAACCUAACAGAACAUGAUCAAGGUUUAUAUGAAAUGAAUUUAAGGACGAAUCAGGGGCUUCAUGAACAUGUGACAGAACUGAGAAUUUAUGAACGAGUGUCAUUACCAGUAAUAACUAUCAGUGAAGCCUUCACCGAAGGGGUGUGUAACGUUAGCUUGGUGUGUUCACUGGAGCACGGCACCGAGCCAGUCUACACUUGGUGGUCAGGAGAUGACAAGGUCACGGCAGAUGGGUCGCACAUACUGACUGACGAAGGGAGAAGGCUGGCACUCUCCAUACCUCUACCCAACAACAACAGCGUGUACAACUGCACCGUGAGGAACCCUGUUAGUGAGGAGACACGGAGCGUGGAUCUCACAGAGCCCUGUUCUCCCCAUGAAGGUGUCCAGCAACAGCAAGCACUCCAUAUUGGCUUGAUUACUGCGGGAAUUGUGGUGGGAGCUAUCAUCUUAGCUAGCGUUGGCUACAUGUGUUGCAAGAAAAAACCAAAGCACGAUGAAGGCAGUUCCUUAGGCGAUCUUCAGUGGAAUGCACAAAGAACCCCAGCUCCUAACACAGAAAGGAGAAGUGAACCACCGCUGUAUGCUGUGAUCGGGAGAGCAAACCAGGCCAGGGAGCAGCCACAGAGACAUUUACGUGAACUGGAUGCCAGUGGAGGAGAGCAAAAUCGAAAGGCACAGCUUACCACGAUAUACGAUGAGAUAAAAUUCAACCCCAAUCUGGACACUGCAGGGGCAAGACCGAAUGAGGGAAAGGCGCUCUCUGCCCACCGUUUAUCAUCUGAUACAUGAAAUUUAACCCCCAGCUUGAAUUACGCAUUGAAUUGCACGUCUGCGUUUUGUGUUGAAACUGCUUGCUGCAAUACUAAUAACUGACCCGAAUGGCUUGUUUGUUGGGGGCAGAGACCUGGAACUUGUUUACAACUAGAUCAUUGUUUGAAAGGCCAAGGCAAAUGGGAGAAAUUCAAGUAGGAAAUGUUGGGAAUACACAGCAAGACCAUAAUUUCUAAGGAGGGAACUCGGUGAAAUAGAGACAUGGAGGUGAUGCCGUGGUUUCCGUCGUGGACUUUAACAUCAAAGGAGCCUGCGAUCCACUGCUGAGGAUCGCCUGUGAAGGAGCUCCAACCACGAGGCCUGUGGACUUUAACACCAUGAAGCCUGCGGUCUCCAGUAAGCAGAGGCCGACUCGGGAGCAGCAUGCCGUGGAGUGUUCCAAUCCGUGCCGACCCCGGAGUUUCGAUCAUCCCGACGCGAGGGGUUCGGACAUCAGACCGUCGGCAGUGGCGAGUGCGGAGGGUUCAAACCCGACCACGGGUGAAGAAAGGAGGAAGAUGAUUGCACUUUAUUACCUUCCAUCACAGUGAGGAAUGUGGAUUAUGCUGUGGUGGAUGAUUAUGUUCAAUUUUAUUUUAUGUGACUGUGUGUAUUGUUGCUUUUCACUUGGUAUGGCUGUAUUGGAAGAGGGAAUUAGUAUUUGGAAGAAGGAAUUAGGAGCAACACUAGCAAGUUUGCGGCUGACACAAAGCUGGUUGGCAUUGCGAACUGUGAAGAGGAUGUUAGGAGUUUGCAGGGUGACCUGGACAGGUUGAGUGAGUGGGCAGAUGCGUGGCAGAUGCAGUAUAAUAUAGAUAAAUGUGAGGUUAUCCACUUUGGCGGCAAAAACAAGGGGGCAGAUUAUUAUCUCAAUGGGGUUAGGUUAGGUAAUGGGGAGGUGCAGCGAGACCUGGGCGUCCUUGUACACCGGUCACUGAAAGUUGGCGUGCAGGUACAGCAGGCAGUGAAGAAAGCUAAUGGAAUGUUGGCCUUCAUAACAAGAAGAUUUCAGUAUAGGAGUAAAGAGGUUCUUCUGCAGUUGUAUAGGGCUCUGGUGAGACCACAUCUAGAGCAUUGUGUCCAGUUUUGGUCUCCUAAUUUGAGGAAGGACAUCCUUGUGAUUGAGGCAGUGCAGUGUAGGUUCACGAGAUUGAUCCCUGGGAUUGAGGGACUGUCAUAUGAGGAAAGAUUGAAAAGACUAGGCUUGUAUUCACUGGAGUUUAGAAGGAUGAGCGGGAAUCUUAUAGAAACAUAUAAAAUUAUAAAAGAACUGGACAAGCUAGAUGCAGGAAAAAUGAUCCCAAUGUUGGGCGAGUCCAGAACCAGGGGCCACAGUCUUAGAAUAAAGGGGAGGUCAUUUAAGACUGAGGUGAGAAAAAACUAUUUUACCCAGAGAGUUGUGAAUUUAUGGAAUUCCCUUCCACAGAGGGCAGUGGAGGCCAAGUCACUGGAUGUAUUUAAGAGAGAGUUAGAUAGAGCUCUAGGGGCUAGUGGAGUCAAGGGAUAUGGGGAGAAGGCAGGCACGGGUUAUUGAUAGGGGACCAUUAGCCAUGAUCACAAUGAAUGGCGGUGUUGGCUCGAAGGGCCGAAUGGCCUCCUCCUGCACCUAUUUUCUAUGUAGAGUAACUCAAAUACCACUCGCCUUAAUUAGUGCAUGUGACAAUAAAUGGGAACUUGAACUUGAAUUCAAACUCAGUGGGCUGAAGGAAUGGUUUCCAUGCUGUAUCUCCAAACUAAGGAGAGUAGGGGUAAAGGUAAAAUCAGAUGGGCCAUGAUCUUACUGAACACCGAGCAAGCAACAGCACCGUGAAGCAAACCACUGCUACAGAUAAGUCUUGUGGUUUUGUUGAUUAAAAGCUGUCACCUGCUGUGCAUUUCCACCAUUUCCUGUUUGUUUCAGCUAUUGUGCCUAUGUGCAUGGUUAGAUUUUAUUUAAUUUUGAAGUAAACUUUUUUUUAAACAAAGCUAUUUAUCUGUGCGGCUAUUUUUUUGCCAACCCAAAUGUGUUCUCAUUCAACAAAGCAUUUUAGUUCAGUGUGGCUUUCAAUAAAAUGUGCCUCAGUCGAUUGUACAAAGAGCACCCAGAAACAACACUGUUCUGGGAAUUCUUCACGGUAUACUGCUCUGGAGUGAUGGAAUACCAGUGGAACAACUACUGUUUGGACAAAAUGCUGGAGUAACUCAACAGGACAUGCAGCAUCACUGGAGAGAAGGAAUCCGUGAUGUUUCGGGUCGACAUCCUUCUUCAGACUGUUUGGUCAAAUUUAGUGUUUGGUCAAAUUUUGUCUGCGACUUAGAGCCAAAGCCAAAGUAGCAAAUUUGAGCCUUCAGAUUUGGAGAAGGAGGCUCUCCCAGCACCAAAUUGUCUUCAGAGCAACUCUACACAAUGCACAGGAAACUAUAUCAUCAUACAUAUUCCCCAAAUCAAAUUGGGUCUGUGAGGCUAAAUCUUGAAUGGUACAACCUCAUCAAAUGUCAGCAUUGGCAUGAUUUAAUAUCAAAAUACAGCAACUGUAUAUAUAACAAUACAAUUACAAAAAUAUAUAUAUUUAAAAAAAAUCAUGGAACAAUGAAAAAAGUUUUAGGCAUCUGCAUUGUUAGCCAUGGAUUAAAGAAAUGUUAUCAGGCAACCGAACUAUCCUCCCAACAGGCGAUCCUGAGCUACCAUCUACUUCAUUGAAGACCCAUGAACUAUCUUUAAUCAGAUUUAUGUUGCACUAAAUGUUAUCCCCUUUAUAUCAUGUAUCUGUAUACUGUGAAUGGCUUGAUUAUCUUAAUGUGGUCUAUUCGCUGGCUGGUAGCACGCAAAAUAGCUUUUCAUUGUACACGUGACAAUAAACUCAACUCAAAUGCAGAAAGAAGUGGCAACCAUGCAUCACAAUGCCUCUCACCGAUCUUCUUCUGUCUUCUGCUCUUGUGUAAAGAAAGGUCAAGGUAGAUAGGGUCCCCUCACACAGGCUGAGAGUGGAAUUUAUUGAGUGAAAUAAAGCAAAUACAUUGUGAAUCCUAUCGCGGAGGUAAGCAUGCUAGUAAUACCAACGAACCACGUCAAGUUAGAAAGGAGGAUAUUGUGUUCAUAAAAUCAUAUACCGAAGGAGUGUUCAUUAGGCAUAGGAGCAUAAUUAGGCCAUUCGGCCUAUCGGGACUACUCUGCCAUCCAAUCGUGGCGGAUCUUUCUUUCACUCUCAACCCCACUCUCCUGCCUUCUCUACCAUAACGAGGGAUAAAAUUGGUCCAUUAGAGAGUCAGAGUGGACAACUAUCUGCAGAGCCAAAAGAGAUGGGGGAGAUAUUGAACAGUUUCUUUUCUUCGGUAUUCACCAAGGAGAAGGAUAUUGAAUUAUGUGAGGUAAGGGGAACAAGUAGAGUAGCUAUGGAAACUAUGAGGAUCAAAGAAGAAGAAGUACUGACACUUUUGAGAAAUAUAAAAGUGGAUAAGUCUCCAGGUCCAGACAGGAUAUUCCCUAGGACAUUGAGGGAAGUUAGUGUAGAAAUAGCAGGGGCUAUGGCAGAAAUAUUUCAAAUGUCAUUAGAAACGGGAAUAGUGCCGGAGGAUUGGCGUACUGCGCAUGUUGUUCCAUUGUUUAAAAAGGGGUCUAAGAGUAAACCUAGCAAUUAUAGACCUGUUAGUUUGACGUCAGUGGUGGGCAAAUUAAUGGAAAGAAUACUUAGAGAUAAUAUAUAAGCAUCUGGAUAAACAGGGUCUGAUUAGGAACAGUCAACAUGGAUUUGUGCCUGGAAGGUCAUGUUUAACUAAUCUUCUUGAAUUUUUUGAAGAUGUUACUCGGGAAAUUGAUGAGGGUAAAGCAGUGGAUGUUGUGUAUAUGGACUUCAGUAAGGCCUUUGACAAGGUUCCUCAUGGAAGGUUGGUUAAGAAGGUUCAAUGGUUGGGUAUUAAUGGUGGAGUAGCAAGAUGGAUUUAACAGUGGCUGAAUGGGAGAUGCCAGAGAGUAAUGGUGGAUGGUUGUUUGUCAGGUUGGAGGCCAGUGACGAGUGGGGUGCCACAGGGAUCUGUGUUGGGUCCACUGUUGUUUGCCAUGUACAUCAAUGAUCUGGAUGAUGGUGUGGUAAAUUGGAUUAGUAAGUAUGCAGAUGAUACUAAGAUAGGUGGGGUUGCGGGUAAUGAAGUAGAGUUUCAAAGUCUACAGAGAGAUUUAUGCCAGUUGGAAGAGUGGGCUGAAAGAUGGCAGAUGGAGUUUAAUGCUGAUAAGUGUGAGGUGCUACAUCUUGGCAGGACAAAUCAAAAUAGGACGUACAUGGUAAAUGGUAGGGAAUUGAAGAAUGUAGGUGAA